CAUAACGGGUAACGAAUGAUCCGCUGUAGGUGCAGUUUCUCGGUUUGUUCUCUGUACUUCCGGUCGUCAUCCAAGGCCCUACUUCCUGUUGUGUACGCCGUAUACAGGGGUAUAAAAGAGCUCACAAAACAGGGGAACGGUCAAACCUCGAUUUUCUAUCGCAGAGGACGUUUGCGACGAAGAAUCAACAUGCCUAGCCUUUCUGUGGUGUUGGCGACACUUACCCUGGUGGUAGCCUCGGUCGCCAGACCCCAGGGCCCUGCCCCGCCCCAGGGUCCCCGGACCUCGGGCUACCUGAACCUGUACCAUGGGCUGGAGGAUACUAGUACCCUGGCGAGGAGGAUACCCCCGGAUGGACCCAUCCUCCGGCCUCCAGUCGAUCACGGCUCCUGUACAGACUUCCUCGCUAGCUUGUGCAGGGUGUCGGAGUGGAGUAGUUGGAGUCCAAAGACGUCCAUAUUUGGGUGCAGCACGGUGUACCGGACCCGGCAGGUGGUGCAGAAUAUGCUGGAACAUGACAGGUGCUGCCCGCCACUCCGGGAGGAGAAACAACAAUGUGGCACUCCUACACGCGAACAGACUCUGACCGCCUUGGCGAGAGGUUUUCUGAACAAGGUCGGCCGCAGGGGGUUCCAGGCAGCAGACGAUGAAGAGCCUAUGGUUAUCGACAUGGUCUUCGUCUUCGACAAAAGUGGCAGCGUCGGACCGGGCAACUUCGACCGGGCAAAGGAAGACGUACAGAGCCUGCUUGAAAUCUUCCCGGCCCCGAUCGACCCAGCGAACACCCGAGUGGCGGGGGUGUCCUUCUCAGACGAGGGCAAGACGCGAGUGGAGUUCGACUUUAACGCCCACACCAGCCGGGCUGCCGUGCUGUCUGCCAUCGGGGAUAUCGCCUACGAAAGUGGUUCCACGGCUACUGCCGUUGCCCUGAACAUGGCCAAGGAUGACGUGUUUGUGAGCACGGCUGGGUCCAGGCCUGCCGCCGCCAAGAUCCUGUUCCUCAUCACGGACGGGAAGUCUAACGUGGGAGGGAGCCCCAGACCUGCUGCCGACGCGCUCAAGGAUUCUAUCGAAGGUCCGGACUGUGAGAUUUUCGCCUUCGCUGUUGGCUCGUCCGUGAACGAGCAGGAGCUACACGAUAUUGUCUCCGAGCCGGUUCCCGAGCACCUCUUCUACUCCGACAGCUACAGGGCCAUGUCCCGAGUCAUCGACGACGCCGUCGUGUUUCUACACUCGAAAUUCGGUAAACCAGCUGAUCUAGACGUGGACUUUAUCCGCCCAGUGGAGGAGAUUCGCCCUGACGUCACUCUGGUUCGCCAACCGUCACGUCCCAUCGCUUCGGUCAGCAGGCUUCCUCCAGACGGCUCAUCACGAUUUCUGCUCAGGUCCGCCGACAUCCGGGCACCUCUGGCGCAGCGUCGUCAUGACUACCAGAUCCUCCAGCCAAUCCCUGUCCCGGGGAGUGCCGAGCUCGGUCCGGUUGCUCCUCUAGCUCUGUCCCUGCGUCUCGGAGAACUCGGAGAGGAAGGACAAACUCCUCAAGACGGGGAGGAAGUUGAAGUCAGUCGAGAGGAGGAGGACGACGAUACGCCGGAGGAAGAGGAGAGUUCGGAGGAAGAGGAGAGUUCGGAGGAAGAGGAGAGUUCGGAGGAAGAGGAGAGUUCUUCGGAGGAGGAGAGUUCGGAAGAAGAGGAGAGUUCGGAGGAGGAGGAGAGCUCGGAGGAAGACGAGAGCUCGGAGGAGGACGAGAGUUCGGAGGAUUACGAGAGUUCGGAGGAAGAGGAGAGUUCGGAGGAAGAGGAGAGUUCGGAGGAGGAGGAGAGUUCGGAGGAAGAAGAGAGUUCAGAGGAGGACGAGAGCUCGGAGGAAGACGAGAGCUCGGAGGAGGACGAGAGUUCGGAGGAAGAGGAGAGUUCGGAAGAGGACGACAGUUUCGAAGAAGAAGCUACAGAGGAUCCGGAGUUUCAUUCCUGGGGCCGACGUCGUGAAAAUGGUCACGGAGGUCGAGGCCACGAAAGGGGGCGACAUGAAGGCAGAGGCUUCGGCAGAGGCUUCGGCAGAGGCCCAGGACGCUUUCCAUACGACGAUUUAGAUUUUCCGUGAUCUAACACGUGCUCUUGAUUCCGUUAACCCUCAAGCUAAAAUCUCACAGUAUCUGUAAGUUGUUUCUUUUGUGCAUUGGUGAAUGGUACAGUUUGUACGGACCGUGUACUCAAUGACUUUCGUCUCCGAUAAUAUGUACAUGCUGUCUUUCCGCAUGAUUGCAUUCAGCUGCCAUAAAUUUGCCAAC